AUGGUGGUGCUAUCCAGUGACGUUCUGAUGCGGCGAUUCUACGAGAAGAAAUACUCGAGUCGCAUCUCGUGGUCCAAGAAUGGAUUCAUAGCAUAUCCAGCACAAGGCGACGAUCGCUCACAGAAGCUAUUUUUGACAUAUUUAGAGUGUAUUGAUGGAAGGACGUGGCAAUUAGCACCUGCAAAGCAGUUUGAUGUAUUUUCCUCAAGCGAGGAGCAACCUUCCCAAACACCUACUGCAGGCGGUGUUGUGGCUGUUACGUCCAACUCUACCAAAAACACCGAAAUUACACUCGUUUCUUGGGGUCCAAUUGCGACGGACCUUGCAGUUUCUGAUUCUGCGGGAAAUAUGGUGAUAUUGGUCUCUGGAGUCAGGAAGAACGAUCUCACACAGUUCGGAGUUCAACACCCAUUCACUAUGUCUUCGCUCAAUGAGCUGGAAAUCGUAUAUACAGACUUUCCGUCAAAAAAGCUUCAACCAGAUGUCACUGCAUCCACUCAAAAUGAAGUUAUCGGGUUCAAAUGGCUUAACUCGGACAAGCCAAUCAUAGCAAAUACUCCAGCAGUCAGGGUUGAAACUACACAUGAUACGCCUGUUUCAAGCGGAGCUGCUGCCCCAUUGGGAGCUGCUCACAACGAUUCAGCGGGCCAUGCGUAUUCCUAUGGAGUGCAUCAAUAUAAGCCUCAUGGAGCAAUGCACCCGUUGCCCUCAAAACAGGCUUGUGUGGGAGUGCGGAAGAACGGGGAGUUUUGCCUGUGGCAUCAGGGGGAGCAUGGACUGGAUUACCACCGUGUUUCCACAUUUUUAGACCCCCAUGAGACUGACUACUUUUCGCUUUGUGAGAUUGGUUUACAGAGAGAUGGUUCCAUAGUGGUGGUGGGUUUCUCCCCGUUGAGCCAGUGCAUUCGCAUCUAUUCUGUGAGUAUCCAAUGGGGCUACUUUGUGAAUGCAGCUAUUCAACAGCAGAAGAACCAGGCAUAUAAUACACCGGAUGACCAGAAAGUUCCUCCAAAGCUGGCUGUGAAAAGAUUGUUCAAAAGGAAUAUCAGCACAGUUUUUCCUCACAAAUUGGUUCCUGGGUCAAAAUCUUCAACCGAAAACCUUGGUAUUGAUCUCCAGCAGCUGGUGCAUAUAUAUUUGGUUCCUCCCAGCUUCAACUCUAACACCGAGCUGGAGGUGUUCCUUGGCUUUGAAAACAUAAGCUCUUCAAAGUCGCACUCGACGUUGCUGCGAUUCCAACUUACCGAAAAAGAGGCCUCUAAUCUCCAUUCUGCGUUUAUCACCAUGGGUGAAAGACGAGGUGUGGUUCCUCCUGCCCCCAUGAGUGCAAAUGGCUUGGAGACCAAGAAGAGCGGUAGCUUUUCUGCCAGUUCGCCUACGGGCUCAGAGGCUAAGACCUUUGAUCUGGUAUACAAACAGAGUCUGAGAUUCAAUGAGUCGAUACUCGGUUUUACAUCUCUCAACUUGGACAUGUUAAUCGCAAUUACGUUUGCCAACGGUGAAGUCAAGAUGUUCAACAGAUCUCCUCUCAAACAGAUCAACAACAUGUAUGCGGACCCAAAGCUCCAGUCUUCCAAUACUGCACUGCUGCCCUCCUCGAUUUCCUCAUUAUUUGACGCCGGUUUCGAGUUUCCAAAACUGGAUUUCAGGCCCCGUGCAAUGUGUAUAUCGCCAAAUCUGUGCUGUUUUGUUGCUCUCUCUCGUUCCUCCAACAAAUUGUACCUGGAGUGUCUCGAGGGAAAAGCUUUCAAUGCAGACACCAAGCCACGGCCUGGGUUGCUGUUAUCUAUAGCUGCUAGUUGUGCUUUGAGACAUUCAUCUGCGUGUUUCACUUCCACCUCUACUGAGGAUCUGGUUGCUACAAUCCAGCAAGAAUUGGUCCGCGCUGCGAAAAGUGUCUCUAAAGAGUAUUCCCAAGCCUUGCUGGUUUCUAUCUUACAAGAAUCACACCGAGCCAUCAAUUUCUCUCUAGAUUUCUCCAAGGAGCAGGUGGACAGACUCCUUGGCUCUCCACCUCUUCAGAGAUUGCUGAAUCUGCAGUUAGCUUUGGGAACAACUUUCGAUUGGCAACGUACUAAAUCGGGCAAAGUCGCAUGGGCAUUGCUCAACUUGCGACUAUGUGCUUUUGGUAUGAUGAUCACGCUUAGAUCAGUGUAUCAUCACAUGAAUAAGCUUAGCAAAAGAGGGUCUUCGGUAGAUCUUUACAAUGAUGCCAAAUGGAGAAGCGAAAACGUGCUGAGCUCUUUGGGUGUGAUCAGGUGGUGCAUGGACUACAUUCUUUAUCUGAACCAGCAGAUAGUGGAGCUGUGUCAAGUGUUCAAAGAUGUUGACCAAACUCCAACUUCGCCGGAUCCACUCGAGGCUCUCAAGUCGUAUGUGGCCCUUCCCUUGAUCCUGGGAAAGGUUCCCAGAUCGCUGUUGCUCUACUCGAUGGCGACCAUGAAAAGGUUGAAUGAUUUCGUGCAGAAGUGUAUAGAGAAGAUUGAGUCUUCGAACGGGGCACCUUCUGUUGGAGUGAGCGCCAACUCCAUCAAAUCUGUUGAAGAUGCUCUUUUCUUUGCACCUACAACAUCUACGCAGGCCAACAAGAACAACAAAUCAUUUGCAAUUGAUCCUCUGAACACACCUACUGCUCUUCCCACGGUAGAGGCCUUUUACCGUCUUAGAGAGAUUCUCAACAACUCGCCGGUACCUCUCGAUGGGUUUGAGAAGUUUUUGACUGAAGCCGACACUGCUCUACGAAACCUUCGCAUUGACAAGUCAACCUCACUGGCUAUUGAACAGCAGCUUGUAUGUCAGGGCCACGUUCCAAAGCCAUUUGUGGAGCCAAUCAAGAAACUACUGAGUGUCUAUUCGCAAAGUCUCCUCAACGAAGUUGAUCACGUUGAACUUUACUUCUACAAUUUCGAUUGGCUGAUGUUGGACUCUCCGGAUCAAACAACGAUCUCUACAGAAGAUCCCGUUGUGCUCAGUAUUACAAAUGAAACCCUGGCCAAUGAGGGCUAUGCCACUUUGUUCAAACCAAUCUCGCCUAGUGGAGAUAUGGUUGAUUCGUUGAGAAAAACUAUAUGUUACCCGCCGGGUGAUCCUAAUAUCACCUCCGCACCUGUUGUGGAACGCAAAUGUGUUAGAUGUGGAGCUGUUUCUUCAUUGAUGGAAACCACCCAUCUCAGUAAUGUGGGAAUCAGUCUCUGGUCACUGGCAUUCCAGCGGAACUGUCUCUGUGGUUCUUUCUGGGUCAAUAUAUGA